AUGAUAAACGAUCUACCGGAGGUGAUCCAUGAGUCGACGUGCCUUUUAUUUGCUGACGAUCUGAAAUUAGUACGCGAAGUGGGCGACACCUCGGAUCACAUCAAACUGCAACGGGAUAUAGACAGGGUUGUAAGGUGGAGCCACGACAACAAACUAUACUUUAACGUGGCUAAGUGCUCCGUGUUGUCUUUCAGCCGCGCGCGCUGUCCACGACAUCACCCGUACCACAUCGAAGGCGAGCCACUGCAGCGCGUCUCCGAGAUUAAAGAUCUGGGUGUCCGGUUCACCGCUGAUCUCAACUUUCGGGAACAUAUAGUCGGGGUAUGCAAAAAAGCGUACCGGAACCUUGGCUUCAUAUUACGGCAGUCGGUCGGCUUUGACAACUUCAAAGCUCUCCGGGCCUUGUAUGAUGCCUUGGUGAAGAGUCAUUUGGAGUGUAGCUCGGUUGUGUGGGCCCCGAGUGAGAUCAAAUAUAAAGCAAUGGUAGAGCGGAUACAAAACAAAUUUGCUCGAGUUCUAUACCGGAAGUUAUAUGGGGUAUACCCUGGUUAUCCGUCGCUGUACCCUACCCUGUUCGUUUUAGGCAUGGUGGGGUACAGCACGUUGGAAACCAGGCGCGAAGUCUCCCUUGCUACGUACAUGUGGAAGGUUCUACGCGGUGAAACGGACAAUCCAGCAAUUCUCAAAGAACUCAGGCUGUGCGCGGUGGACAACGCGGUGCAGCGGAGACGACGCCCCAGCUUCCUGGCACUACCCCGGGCGCGCACCAACUUGUUGCGUGACGCCCCGCUAACACGAGCUAUACGCACGCUUAACAUAGUGGCCGACAGAAUUGACUUAUUCAGUUGCACACUGAACGAGUUCACGAGGAUCGUAACUGGAGUCGUCUUAUACAAAUUAAAUUGA